AUGUCCCAUAGGUCCUUCAUGGAACUUCUGUCCGACACGCGAGGAAGAAGAAGCACUGGCAUCUCGAUCCCGAGGUGGAUGUCACGCAUUCGGCUUGCCACCGGGCCCGCCUUCGGAUGCCCGUCGGCCGAUGGAUCGACGGGCUUCGGCACGACCAGGAACACGAAGCACGCGAUGACGACUGUGUACAGAACGGUGAUCCCUUCGUUCAACGGGCCGAGGACGACAUCCAGCCAGACCUCAAGAUGUUGCGACAACAUGAACCCUGCGAUGGCGGCGAUCCCAACCAGCGCGCCCGGGUAG